GGGCAGCCGCGCGCCGGAGGUCCGGCUGGCAGCGCCCUUCUCCCGCGGCGGGCUGGCAGGCGAGCGAGGGCGGCAUGCGCGCGUCCUGCGUGCUGCUGGCCGCGCUGGCGGCGCUGGCCGCCUACUACGUGUACAUCCCGCUGCCCGGCUCCGUGUCCGACCCCUGGAAGCUGAUGCUGCUGGACGCGACUUUCCGGGGCGCACAGCAAGUGAGUAACCUCAUACACUACCUGGGACUGAGCCAUCACCUGCUUGCACUGAAUUUUAUCAUUGUUUCUUUCGGCAAAAAAACUGCCUGGUCAUCUGCCCAAGUGAAGGUGACAGACACCGAGUUUGAUGGCGUGGAAGUCAGGGUGUUCGAAGGCCCUCGAAAGCCAGAGGAGCCGCUGCAGCGGAGCGUUGUGUAUGUCCACGGAGGAGGCUGGGCCUUGGCAAGCGCAAAAAUCAGAUAUUAUGAUGAGCUGUGCACUGUAAUGGCUGAGGAACUGAAUGCUGUCAUUGUCUCCAUUGAAUACAGGCUAGUUCCUAAGGUUUAUUUUCCUGAGCAAAUUCAUGAUGUUGUACGUGCCACAAAACAUUUCCUGCAGCCAGAAAUCCUACAGAAGUAUAUGGUGGACCCAGGCAGAAUUUGCAUUUCUGGUGACAGUGCUGGUGGAAAUUUGGCUGCCGCCCUCGCACAACAGUUUAAUCAAGAUGCCAACCUGAAAAAUAAGCUCAAACUGCAAGCUUUAAUUUAUCCAGUUCUUCAAGCUUUAGAUUUUAACACACCUUCUUAUCAGCAAAAUGUGAACACCCCAAUCCUGCCCCGCUAUGUCAUGGUGAAAUAUUGGGUGGAUUACUUCAAAGGCAGCUAUGACUUUGUGCAGGCAAUGAUUGUCAACAACCACACUUCUCUGGAUGUGGAAGAGGCCACUGCCCUCAGGGCUCGCCUAAACUGGACUUCCCUCUUGCCUGCGUUGAUUACAAAGAGCUAUAAGCCUGUGGUGCAGGCCACAGGGAAUCCUAGGAUUGUCCAGGAGAUCCCUCAGCUGCUGGACGCCCGUGCUGCCCCACUCAUCGCAGACCAGGAGGUGCUACGGGACCUCCCGAAGACCUAUAUUCUGACGUGCGAGCAUGACGUUCUGAGAGACGACGGGAUCAUGUAUGCCAAGCGUUUGGAGAGUGCAGCCAUGCUCCUAGUGACCGCAGUGAGCAGCCAGCGGGCACCAUGGAAGGAAGCAGAGCCUGUUCACUGCCUUGAAGAAUGAGUAUUUCCUUCUUCCAUCAAUGAAAUAACAAGUGACAAUUUUAGCAUACUUAGUUUUUCAUUUAAAUUAAGUAUUCUAAAUGGCUGAGCUACUAGCUGAGCCAGUAGCAUUUUAUCUCCAAAAUAGAAGCAAAUACAGCUCUGUGUGUGUGUGCCUGUGUAUAUACAAAAAUAAUCAUUCAGGCUAACUUGCCUAUGUGCUUUUGCAAGUCACUUGCCAUCUCCGGCUGCUUUUCCCUUUCCUCUGCAAUCAAAGAGCUGAAUUACUUGAUGAUCUUGAGGUCUUUUCCAUCCAUAAAUUCUGAAUAUUUUGUCAGAUUGGCAAAUUAUAUUGGCCCCUUCUCCUAUGGUAGUUUACACAUGUAUCAUCGAAGAUUUUUUUCCUAAAAAACUGGGAUUUUAGUUCUCUUGCAUGCUGAUAGCUUCUCUCCUUAUACAAUGCUAUUCUUUUUGACACUAUUUGAAGAAACCAGUGUUUGGACCUUAUCUUGAAGUCAUCUACCUCUAAGAAAGAGAAAAUAUAAUAUAUGCACAGGGUUCCUUAAAAUAAUGUUUUUUCUCAGAAUUGUGAGCCAAAUCCUCUAGUAAUUACAGAUAACAGAUGAUUCCAGAUCUCUAAAAGGCUCUCUCAGAUGAGAAGUGAGUGAGGGAAAACAGGGGUCAACCACUGUUUCUGAUAAAAUACUUGAGUUUUAUUCUUUUAGCUUUUAUUCCUAUAAAAAAUGUUUAUGCUUUGUGAUAGGUCACUUUUAAUAUUAUGGCUUUGUUUUGUUUAUUCUGUGACAAAGUUGGCAGUCAUUUUUGUAAUAUCACUGUGAAUUAUGAACAUUAAUAUAGGAUGAAAAAACCUUGAUGUGACACACAGUACAGUGAAGUGUGGAUCUUAGUGCUUUAUCAUUGACUUGUUAAGAACUUAAGACUUGCAUAAUUAUCUUGGUGGCUAUAAUAUUUUAUGCAUGACCUUUUAACCUUUGACUUAGCUUAUUUCCCACUGCAAAGGGGAAGGCAGAUUUUAUGAAGGAUUUUAGCAGCAAAUAUAUUUUAUAAAAUGAAAAUCUGGUGUGGAAAUAGGAAAGUAUGUAUCUGUUUUGAAUCAAGUUUGAAAUAAAAUGGCUGCAUCUGGGAA